CGAAGAAGCACUGGAUAAUUGACACUUCUGCUGAAGAGUCGCCAGAGUAGACUCAAUAGAGACUGCUCGCCCUUAUUUCAGGUUCCCCAUUUUCUCGUUCUCUCUCCAAACAGAAACUACUUUCUCUCACUUUCUCGCGCGUUUUCUCUGCAAAUUUAAGAAACUGACAGACAAAUAUAACCUCUCCGCACAGCUCAGUUCUAUUAUCACUCCAAAUUUCAGCAGAAAACGAGAUCUGGAAAUCUAGGGUUCUGAAAAUCGGUAUAAAAUGCAGAGGCAGACUAGACUCAUGGAGAGGACCAACUCUAUGAGAGGGAAAAGGCCAAUGGAAGGGGGAGAGGAGGAGCAGCCGGAACGAAAGCGGCCGGCUCUCGCUAGUGUAAUUAUAGAAGCUCUCAAGGUGGACAGUCUGCAGAAGCUAUGCUCAUCAUUGGAACCUAUUCUUCGUAGAGUUGUAAGCGAAGAAGUGGAACGUGCGUUGGCUAAGUUAGGCCCUCCGAGAGUUAAUGGAAGGUCUUCCCCAAAACGGAUUGAAAUCUUCACAGGAGGGAAAGUUGAAGGCGAGCAGGGUGCUGCAAUUCAUGUUGUUUUGGUUGAUAGAAACACACAGCGAGUUGUGACUUCGGGACCUGAAUCCUCUGUAAAACUGGAUGUUGUUGUGCUUGAAGGUGAUUUCAACAAUGAAGAUGAUGAAGGCUGGACUCAAGAAGAAUUUGAUAGCCAUGUGGUGAAAGAGCGUGAUGGGAAGAGACCUCUGUUGACUGGGGAACUGCAAGUGACCCUCAAAGAAGGGGUAGGAACACUAGGGGAUCUGACGUUUACAGAUAACUCAAGUUGGAUACGAAGCAGGAAGUUUAGGCUUGGAAUGAAAGUUGCUCCGGGAUUUUGUGAGGGCAUUCGCAUACGUGAAGCUAAGACAGAAGCUUUUACUGUUAAAGAUCACAGAGGAGAAUUGUACAAGAAACACUACCCACCAGCAUUAAAUGAUGACGUAUGGAGAUUGGAGAAGAUUGGCAAGGAUGGGGCAUUCCAUAAGAGGCUAAACAAUGCAGGAAUAUUCACGGUUGAAGAGUUUCUUCAGCUUGUGGUCCGAGAUUCUCAGAAAUUACGGAAUAUUCUUGGAAGCGGUAUGUCGAACAAGAUGUGGGAUGCUCUUUUAGAACAUGCAAAGACUUGUGUCUUGAGUGGGAAGCUUUAUGUUUAUUAUCCUGAAGAUACAAGAAAUGUUGGUGUUGUUUUUAACAACAUCUAUGAGCUGAGUGGCCUCAUUGCUGGGGAGCAGUUUCACUCUGCUGAUGCUCUAUCUGACAGCCAGAAGGUCUAUGUAGAUACGCUGGUGAAGAAAGCAUAUGAAAAUUGGGAUCAAGUUAUUCAGUAUGAUGGCAAGUCACUUCUAAACUUCAAGCAGAAUAAGAGGUCAACCCGAACUGAAUUUCAGACUGGCCCAAUCAGUUACUCCGAUGCUUCAGAUCAUCAACUGCAAGUACCUCGCCUGACAAAUUCAGUUCCCUCAGAGCAACCUCCAUUGGAUCCAGCCCUACCAAUCGGAGGGUAUAAUGAUAAUCUAUCAACAAGAUACUUGACCCAGCCACCUGUAAAUUCCAACUCUCGCACCCAGUUUGAUGGCAGUGGAUUUGCACUAGAUGACCAAUUGAUCAGCAAUUCACAUGAGGCACAAAGCACAAGAAGUGAUGCCAAUGCUGUUGGGCUGGCCCUUGCUCCUCCACAAUCAUCUACAUCAGGAUUUCAGACUAUCAAUUCUUCUUCUCAGCCAUCCACUCUUAAUCCUUUAGAUGACUGGACAACCAACCGAGAUUUCUUUUCAGAGGAAGAGAUUCGCGUUAGAAGUCAUGAGAUGCUCGAAAAUGAGGAUAUGCAGCACUUGCUCAGAAUCUUCAGUAUGGGAGGCCAUGGCGCCAUUGAUGUGCCUGAUGAUGGGUAUUCCUUCCCCUCAUUCAUAUCAUCACCAAUGCCCAGCUAUGACGAAGAUCGCAACCGUCCUGGCAAAGCUGUUGUGGGGUGGCUGAAAAUUAAAGCAGCAAUGAGGUGGGGUUUCUUUGUUAGGAAGAAAGCUGCUGAGAGACGGGCACAGCUUGUGGAGAUAGAGGAUGAAUAGAAGCCCCUCUGAAGGUGAUACAAGGUUCUUUCUAUGCCGUCUUUUGAUGUGGUGACUAUCAUUCCAUGGAUUUUGGGUGUUAUCAAGUCUUUUUUGCUGUGCAAUAUUCUAACUUUUAAUCAGUGCCAGCCACAACUUGAGGUAUUAGGGCUGAUUGAAGACGUUGGUUUCAAAAGUCUUGAUGAAUGACUGACAUUUGUGGAGAUCUGUGAUAGAUGGCAAGGAAUCUAUUCUUGUACAGCUGCCUGUACAGUAAGUUGUUUCUGUUUAUUUUUCUCAGUUGUGAAGAUUUCUCUCUCAUCACUCUUCGAAUGACAUGGUCUUGGCAUCCAAAGGGGUAAAUUUCUCAUUGCCUCUUUUGCUGUUGACGUAUAGGGGACUACUUCCAGUAUUUUUAGGAUAACUAUAAUCUGUUGUUCGGCUAAAUAUUGCACAAGGACCGCUGGCUAGUAUUUUUAUAUUUAUUGUGCUAGUUGCUUUUGUACUUUGAAUUGACUGAAAUGCCACGAAUAUAUUUUACUUAAGACCUUCAUUAUCUUGUGUUCA